UGAGAAGAGGGUGAAGGGGCUGGAGCUGGGAGGCAGAAAGACUGAAGACGACCAACCGGGGAGUCCCAAAGGGCGGAGCUAACUUUUGACCAGACCCUCCCAGCCCAAACUCGGCUCUCUCUGCCUCAGCAUCCCCAGAACCUGGAGUGAGGUAGGUGAGGACAGGACCAUGACCUCCGAGAUCCCCAGAAAGGGCCUUCUGAUGCUGCUGGUGGCCUUGGGCCUGACCAAGGAAGGCGUGGUGAAGGCCUCCAGGGAUCAGCUGGUGAACUGCACUUGUGAGAACCCACACUGCAAGAAGCCGACCUGCCAGGGGGCAUGGUGCACCGUGGUGCUGGUUCGAGAACAGGGCGGGCACCCCCAGGUCCAUCGGGGCUGCGGGAACAUGAACCCGGAACUCUGCCUGGGACGCCCCACGGAGUUCGUCAACCACCACUGCUGUUACCGGUCCUUCUGCAACCACAACGUGUCCCUGGUGCUGGAGGCCACCCAAACUCCUUCUGAAGAGCCAGAUGUAAAUCCCCCGCUGCUUCCGAUCUUGGGUUCCGUGCUGGCCUUGCUGGUCCUGGUGGCCUUGGGUGCUCUGGGCUUGUGGCGUGUCCGAAGAAGGCAGGAGAAGCAGCGGGGUCUGCACAGCGACCUGGGCGAGUCCAGCCUCAUCCUGAAGGCAUCCGAGCAGGGAGACAGCAUGCUGGGGGACUUGCUGGACAGCGACUGCACCACGGGCAGUGGCUCGGGACUCCCCUUCCUGGUGCAGAGGACGGUGGCCCGGCAGGUCGCGCUGGUGGAGUGCGUGGGAAAGGGCCGAUAUGGCGAGGUGUGGCGUGGUUCGUGGCAUGGUGAGAGUGUGGCCGUCAAGAUUUUCUCCUCACGAGAUGAACAGUCCUGGUUCCGGGAGACGGAGAUCUACAACACAGUUCUGCUUAGGCACGACAACAUCCUAGGCUUCAUCGCCUCCGACAUGACCUCGCGCAACUCAAGCACGCAGCUGUGGCUCAUCACCCACUUCCACGAGCACGGCUCGCUCUACGACUUUCUGCAGAGGCAGCCGCUGGAGCCGCAGCUGGCCCUGAGGCUAGCCGUGUCGGCGGCCUGCGGCCUGGCACACCUGCAUGUGGAGAUCUUUGGCACUCAAGGCAAACCAGCCAUCGCCCACCGGGACCUCAAGAGCCGCAAUGUGCUGGUCAAGAGCGACUUGCAAUGUUGCAUUGCAGACCUGGGACUGGCUGUGAUGCACUCCCAGGGGAGUGAUUACCUGGACAUUGGCAACAACCCCCGAGUGGGGACCAAGAGGUACAUGGCACCCGAGGUGCUGGAUGAACAGAUCCGGACUGACUGCUUUGAGUCAUACAAGUGGACAGAUGUUUGGGCCUUCGGCUUAGUGCUGUGGGAGAUCGCCCGGCGGACCAUCAUCAAUGGCAUUGUGGAAGAUUACAGGCCACCCUUCUAUGACAUGGUACCCAAUGACCCCAGCUUUGAAGAUAUGAAAAAGGUGGUGUGCACUGACCAGCAGACUCCCACCAUUCCUAACCGGCUGGCUGCAGAUCCGGUCCUCUCCGGGCUGGCCCAGAUGAUGCGGGAGUGCUGGUACCCCAACCCCUCUGCCCGCCUCACUGCGCUGCGCAUCAAGAAGACGUUGCAAAAGCUUAGCCACCAUCCGGAGAAACCCAAAGUGACUCACUAGCCUAGGCUCACUGGACUUCCUCCGCCUGAAGUGUGUGGUGGGGCAGCAGACGUACCCUGUCUGCUGGGUAGAGGUGGUGUGAGUGUGCACGCGGCCCUGUGUGUGCCUGCCUGCCCAGCUUGGCCCCCGGCCCAUCCAGCCAAAAAUACAGCUGGGCUGAAAUUCGAUCGGCUUUCGUCUGGCCUGCUCAGAGUGGCCGGCUCUCUGACGCCUGGCUGGGCUCCCCGGCCCCAAGGCCAGCAGGGUACACCCCUACCACUCCCAGGGCAGGGUAGCCAAGCCAGGGAAUCCCGGGCCCAGAUGCUGGGCUUGCACUGUCCCCUACCCUGGGUCAACCUUACUGACCCACCGGAGCAGCCAGGAUGGCACGGGGGUCGUCUGACUUCGGCAGACACUCCAUCCUGCCCGGGCCCAGGGGAAGAUGCCGAGGCCUCAGUUUCCCACUGUGGGUUCUUAUCACUUCCACGAUGCCUUUCAGUCGUCCUGGCUGGUGAAUGCCAGUCUCUCAGGAGAGGUGGCGUCGGACCCCGCUACCCUCUGCUCCUUUACCAUCCGAGCUGUCUUGUUAGGGUGUCGAGACCCAAGGGUCCUGUGAGGAGAAGGAAGGCGGAGGAGAGGAGAGCCAGCGUCGCCCCGUUCAACAGGAGAGGGACCUGGCUGUCUUGGGAUCUUAGACUUGGCCCUGGUGUCCGUUGAGGCUUCUCUGACCCCGAUUUUCACGGAAGCUCAGCCCAGGACCCUUGUCAAUGGCCCCUCCCCUUUCGUUUGCUGGGGUUUGGAAUAACUGAGUCCAGGACAGCCUAAGGCCUCCUGGUCGACUCCCCAACCCCCCGUUCUGGCCUGGAGCUAUACUUGGGCCCCCCCUGGGACUCAGGCAGCACUGGACCCCCUGAUUCCCUCUGUGGCUUGGCCUUCUUUGUCUCAGGGCUCAGGGGUGGCUUCCUCUGGGCUCUCCAAGGCUGAAAAGAAAAUUUGGCUCCUGUCAAGACGUCUCCAGCUACCAGGGUUCUGCUCCCUCCUGGCCUUGACUCUGGCCGAAGCCCACACCCUAGGCCAGGCUUCGGAAAGUGUACCUCAGGAGAACUUGGCCUAGGAAAACAUCAAAAGCCUGGCAUUUAGAAAUGUGAAGGGUCUACACCCAUGUGCUGAACAAGUGACACUGAAGCCUGGCAGACAGACUGAGGAGAAGUGGGCUGUAGACAAGGCUUGAGGAGGAGCGUGGGGGACUCAGGCCUAAGAUCAUCCUCAAUCUUAGGAAGGCCUGGCUAGAAACCCUCGGCCAUGAUCGCAGGGGGAAAGGACGGCUAGCCCCGCUACACACACACACACACACACACACACAUACACACACACACACACACACACACACACACACCGUGACACUGUGACACCGUGGGUGCCUCUGUUGUGUGUCCCCCCCCCCCCACUACUGUUUCUCAAGCCUAUCUCGGCAUGUACAGGGACCAAGGAGAAACCAGGAACUGAAACCAGAUGAAAACAGAAAGUAGACCAGCGUUUCCCAGACCAGCGGGGCCCCGUCGGAUGACUCUCUCUGGUCACUGGAGCCAGGGAAUCGCCUUCCUGCCUGAAGGAUUUUUAUUUCUACUGGACUUGGGAACAAAUUCAUCUUUGGACUCCACAGCCAGCUCCUCCAGGCCUCGGAAAUCCUAAGUGGAGAGCAUCUGAGGGAGGGGUUUGAGUGACAGGGGACGUGCGUGCGUGGAAAGGACAGGGGGCUCUCCAGAGACAACUGUCUCCAGAUGCUUCUAAGUGCAGGUGUGCGGGUGGAACCCACCUUUCUGUACUUAGAGAUACAGUUUACGGGGCACACUUAGCCGGCCACACGCAUGUAGUAGGUCCUCAAUAAACCGUAGUUGACCCCUGA